UCCCACCUAUGCUCAUCAUCAGUCAUCUUCCUUGAUACCGGCCGUUGCCUAUAGCUACUACUAUACUCCCAAAGUUAGAGUUAGAGACGAUGGCAACCACACUAGCCACACUACGUGAGAUCCGGCGUGCGCAGCGUGCUGAUGGCCCAGCAGCCAUGCUCGCUAUUGGCACCGCAAAUCCAACAAACUGCGUGCUUCAGGAGGAGUUUCCCGACUACUAUUUUCGUGUCACAAACAAGGAGCACCUCACCGACCUCAAAGAAACAUUCAAGAAACUAUGUCGGAUCACGGGGCUGGAGAAACGUUUCUUUCACCACACGGAGGCAGUGCUCAAUGCCCACCCGGGCUUGCUUGACGGGACGUCCUCGGCCUUGGACGCGCGGCUCGACAUCGUCGCCAAGGCUGCUCCAGAGCUCGCCGCGUCGGCCGCCGCCAAGGCCAUCACGAGAUGGGGCCGCCCGGCCACCGACAUCACCCACCUCAUCGUCAGCACCAACUCCGAAGCCCGCUCACCAGGCGCGGACCUCGGGCUGGCCACACUCCUCGGCCUCCGCCCCGAUGUCUGCCGGACCGUGCUCCAGCUCAACGGCUGCGCGGCCGGCUGCACCGCCCUUCGCCUGGCCAAGGACCUCGCCGAGAACAACCGCGGCGCACGUGUGCUCGUGGUCUGCGUCGAGCUCACCAUCACCACCUUUCGGGCCCCCCACGAAGGGGACAGCUUUGGCACCCUCAUCCCGCAGGCGCUGUUCGGCGACGGCGCGGGUGCAGUCGUCGUUGGUGCCGACGCCACGCACCCCGACGAGCGCCCGCUCUUUGAGAUGGUGUCCGCGUCGCAGGCCCUGGUGCCGGGGUCGGAGAAGCAGCUCAACGUGCGACUCGGGGAAGGCGGUAUCGACAUCGACAUCGCCUUCAACCUGCCGAAGUUCGUCGCGCAGAAUAUCGAGCGCUGCCUACUUGAUGCGUCUGGUGCGCUGGCCGUUAAUGGCGUCGAGGGGAAGUGGAACGACCUCUUCUGGGCAGUCCAUCCGGGCAGCCGCGGAAUUCUGGACCGUGUCGAGUCGGCUCUUGGAUUGGAGCCCAGGAAGCUAGCACCGAGCCGAACUGUGGUGAGUGACUACGGAAACAUGCUCUCCGCGACGGUGAUAUUCGUACUCGAGGAGCUGCGCCGGCGAAUGGACGAGGAAGGCGAUAAGGCUGCAGAGUGGGGGAUGCUGGUGGGCUUUGGACCGGGAUUCACUGUCGAGACCAUGGUGCUGCACGCUACAAAAUAAUAGCUGUUGAAAGUUGGAAGUUGUACGAAUAAUUUGCAUUUUUUAAUUCUGAAAUAAAUAAAGUGAAAGCUUUACUCGCGAGUGAUUGAUUGAAAGUUUA